AUGGCCCAUAUACUCUCGGCCGCCCCGGCUCCGGCCACAGAGCUGGGUCGAUACCGAAUCCUCUCCUCCACCGCUGGAGUUCGAGUAUCGCCACUUCAGUUGGGAGCUAUGAGCAUUGGCCAGGCGUGGGUGAAAGAGUUGGGUUCAAUGGAUAAAGAGGCGUCAUUCAAGCUUCUCGAUGAAUACAUCUCGAGUGGGGGAAACUUCAUCGAUACCGCCAACGACUACCAGGAUGAAGAGUCGGAGGCCUGGCUCGGUGAAUAUUUCGAGAAGAGAGGCAUCCGAGAUCAGAUGGUCGUCGCCACCAAGUAUACUACGCAUUAUCGCAAAUAUGAUCUGGGUUUAGCGGGUAUCAACUACGCGGGGAACCACAAGAAAUCCCUUCGUCUGAGCGUCGAAGCGAGCUUGAAAAAGCUGCGCACCUCUUAUAUCGACAUUGUCUACGUUCAUUGGUGGGAUCAGACCACCUCGAUCGAAGAAGUCAUGGAUUCCCUCCAUGUUCUCGUUGAGCAAGGCAAGGUCUUGUACCUGGGUGUGUCUGAUACCCCGGCAUGGGUCGUAAGCGCCGCCAACUACUACGCCCGUGCUAGGGGAAAGACGCCCUUUACCAUCUACCAAGGUCGGUGGAGCGUCAUGAUGCGUGAUUUCGAACGAGAGAUCAUUCCCAUGGCGCGGCAUUUUGGAAUGGCCCUCGCACCCUGGGGUGCCCUGGGCAGUGGCAAGUUCCAAUCCAAGAAAGCAGUUGAAGAACGGAAGCAGAAAGGCGAAUCACUCCGAAGCAUCGGUGGCGCCGAGCAAUCCGAGGACGAGAUCAAGAUGAGUGAAGCUCUCUGCAAUGUCGCCGCCGAGCACGGCAUCGAAAGUCCGACCACCAUCGCUCUGGCCUAUGUCAUGAGCAAGUACCCAUACACGUAUCCCAUCGUCGGGGGUAGAAAGGUCGAGCAUCUGAAGGACAACAUGAAAUGCCUGGAAAUUACCCUGACGUGGAAACAAAUCGAAUACUUGGAGAGUAUUAUUCCCUUCACCGUGGGAUUUCCAAGCAAUCUUAUCGGUCCGGAUCCGAAGGUCAUGGGAAAAGCUACUGGAUUGCUGGCUGCCAGCGGAAAUUUUCACUUUGUGACCACCAAAUAA